CGAAAUCCAUAGCCCUUCCUCUCUGUAAUUUAAAUCUUAACCUCCAAUUUUAAAGACGAAGCCUGCAUUGACAACGUCUGCACAAGUAUUAUAUGUUUUACAAGACCGAGUCGCUCAAAUUGUAUGUAUUAGUAAAUGUCAGCUUAACAUCCCGGACGUGCAGGUCAUAAUAUAGUUUUUUUUCCAUCUUGGAUCAACAAUGGCCUUCAGCAAGGGAUAUCGCAUUUACCACAAGCUGGAUCCACCCCCCUACAGUGUCAUAGUGGAAACUAGGACCAGGGAAGAAUGCCUCAUGUUCGAAUCGGGGGCUGUUGCUGUUCUGUCGGCGGCAGAGAAGGAGGCCAUUAAAAACACAUACACCAAGAUUGUUGAUGCCUAUGGAAUAUUGGGCGUCCUCCGCCUAAACCUGGGUGACUCUAUGCUCCACAGUCUGGUGGUUGUGACAGGAUGCAGCUCUGUGGGGAAGGUGCAGGAUUCUGAGGUUUUCAGGGUCACACAGACAGACUUUAUAUCGCUGAAGAAUGAUCCAGGAGAUGAGGACCGGAUCGCUGAAGUGCGAAAGGUCCUAAACUCAGGACACUUCUAUUUUGCCUGGUCUUCCACUGGAGUCAGCAUGGACCUCAGUCUCAAUGCGCAUCGCAGGAUCCUUGAAGACACUACAGAUAACCGCUUCUUUUGGAACCAGUCUCUGCACCUGCACCUGAAACAUUAUGGAGUAAACUGUGAUGACUGGCUGUUGAGGCUGAUGUGUGGUGGUGUGGAGAUCAGGACCAUCUAUGCAGGGCACAAACAGGCCAAGGCCUGCAUCUUCUCCCGCCUCAGCUCAGAGCGAGCCGGCACGCGAUUCAAUGUUCGAGGAACAAAUGACGAUGGACAAGUGGCCAACUUUGUGGAGACUGAACAGGUUAUUUUCCUGGAUGACAGAGUCUCAUCCUUCAUACAGAUCCGUGGGUCCAUUCCUCUUUUCUGGGAGCAGCCAGGAAUCCAGAAAAAGUCCAUUAAGGGUGUUUUGUUGCAACUGAAUGAGAAUCGGCACCCUAAACAGCUGGAUGAGAACCCCCACCUGGUUGGCUCUCAUCGUGUCAAACUCUCAAGGGGAUUUGAAGCAAAUGCACCAGCAUUCGAAAGGCACUUCACUGCACUGCGGAGGUUGUAUGGUAAACAGGUGAUCAUCAAUCUGCUUGGGAGCAAGGAAGGGGAACACAUGCUCAGCAAAGCAUUUCAGAGUCACCUGAAGGCAUCAGAGCAUGCAUCAGCAGUGAAGAUGGUGAACUUCGACUACCAUCAAAAUGUGAAAGGAGGCAAGGCAGACAAACUCCACAGUGUCCUCAAACCCUACCUCAGCAAGUUUAUAGAAGAGUGUGGGUUCUUCUACUACUCGGGAGAGACAGGAAUCGCAAGGACUCAGGGUGGGACCAUUAGGACCAACUGCCUGGACUGUCUGGAUAGAACCAACAGUGUCCAGGCCUUUUUUGCCCUUGAGAUGCUGCCAAAGCAGCUGGAGGAAAUGGGUCUGACAGAGAAACCCCAGCUGGUGGCCAGGUUCCAGGAGGUUUUUAGGACUAUGUGGUCUGCCAAUGGAGACUCCGUCAGUAAGAUCUACGCGGGCACCGGUGCCCUGGAUGGCAAGGCCAAGGCGGGGAAGCUUAAAGAUGGAGCACGUUCUGUGACAAGGACCAUCCAGAACAACUUCUUUGACAGUUCUAAGCAGGAGGCUAUAGACAUCCUGAGGCUGGGCUCCACGCUUAACAGUGAUUUGGCUGACAAAGCUCGGGCCUUGCUCACCACUUCCAGUCUUUACGUCACUGAGCCCGUCUUACAAUCAGCCUCCCCAAGAGUAUUGCUGGGAAUGUGUCAAAACUACCAUAAAUACACGAGGCCCAAGCAGAUUCGGGUGUGUGUCGGCACCUGGAAUGUCAAUGGGGGUAAACAGUUUCGCAGCAUUGCGUUCCGCAACCAGACGCUCAAUGAUUGGCUGUUGGAUGCUCCAAAGAAGGCAGGGCAUCCUGAGUUCCAGGACAGCAAAGCCAACCCUAUAGAUAUCUUUGCCAUCGGUUUUGAGGAAAUGGUUGAACUGAACGCUGGCAACAUUGUCAGUGCCAGCACCACUAACCAGAAACUUUGGGCAGCUGAGCUCCAAAAAAACAUAUCUCGAGACCACAAGUACGUGCUGCUUGCUUCAGAGCAGCUGGUGGGGGUGUGUCUGUUUGUUUUCAUCCGCCCCCAGCAUGCACCCUUCAUCAGGGAUGUUGCCGUCGAUACUGUAAAAACUGGAAUGGGCGGGGCUACAGGCAAUAAAGGCGGUGUGGCCAUCCGCCUGCUGUUCCAUACCACCAGCAUCUGCUUUGUCUGCUCCCACUUUGCUGCUGGCCAGUCACAAGUAAAAGAGAGGAACGAUGACUACAAUGAGAUCACACGCAGACUCACCUUCCCCAUGGGUCGUCUGCUAUACUCGCAUGACUACGUUUUCUGGUGUGGAGACUUUAACUAUCGAAUCAGCCUGCCCAACGAGGAAGUAAAAGACCUUAUCAGACAACAGAACUGGGAUGCCUUGACAUCUGGGGACCAGUUGUUGGACCAGAAGAAUGCUGGUUUGGUUUUCCGAGGUUUCAUUGAGGGGAAGUUAGAUUUUGCCCCCACCUAUAAAUAUGACCUCUUCUCAGAAGAUUAUGACACCAGUGAGAAAUGCCGCACACCAGCCUGGACUGACCGCAUACUCUGGAAGAGGAGGAAGUGGAACUUUGACAAAACAGCUGAGGAGAUGAAUGUAGUAGGGGCAACGUCUACAUCUGGGGAGAAUGAGGAAGAUCCAGAGAACCCCUGGAGCCCUGGGAUUUUGAAGUACUAUGGCAGGGCUGAGCUUAAGACCUCGGACCACAGGCCUGUGGUAGCGAUAAUGGAUGUGGACAUUCUGGAGGUCGACCCUGAGGAUCGGCACCAGGUCUACAAAGAUGUCAUUGCCCUUCAGGGGCCUCCAGAUGGCACCAUCCUGGUGUCACUCUGCUCCUCCGGCCCUGAAGAUUACUUUGACGAUGCACUCAUAGACGAGCUGCUGGACAAGUUUACUCAGUUUGGAGAGGUCAUCCUCAUCAGGUUUGUUGAGGAGAAGAUGUGGGUGACUUUCCUGGAAGGGUACUCUGCUCUUGCUGCUCUGUCUCUCAGCGCUUCCACUGUCCUUGGCAAGAUGAUUGACAUCCGUCUGAAGAGUCCAGGCUGGAUCAAGAGUUUGGAGGAGGAGAUGAGCGUAGAGAGGAUCUGUGGAAGCAUCCCCACCUCGGCCAGCUCCACCCUGCUUGCUGAGGAUACAGACAUGGGCGACGAUGAUUAUGAUAUGGAAGGUGAUGUGGACGAUGAGGUGGAGGAGAUCCUUCCCCAGCACCUGCAGCCUGGUGCAGGCUCCGGCCCCGGAUCCUCCCCUCUCCCCUCACCCCGCAGUAGCCCCUGUCCCUCCCCCACCCACGGAGAACCUGCAGCCCCCAGCAGGCCUAGUCGUUCACAACCCUCCCGACCAUCACAAGGGCCUCCUGUCGACUUCCAGCCUGGUGCCCCAACAUCUCAAAGCAUGGAGCCCAAGCGCCAACCUCCCCCUCGUCCCAACGCCCCCCCACCCAGACCAGCACCCCCUCAACGCCCACCACCACCUUCAGGAGGCAUGAGCCCUCUGCCAGUUAGAAAGGACUCUGGAGACUUUGGCAAGUGUCUCAGCCCACUGCUUUAUAGGAGAGGCAGUGAAGACUGUGUUCCCAGCCCAAUGCUCGGUAGGAGAGGCAGUGAAGGACCUAAAAGCCCCGCUCUUCCUCGACCAGAUGCUGCUGCAGGUCGAGGACAGGCAGCAGUGGGCGCUCCUGGACCUGGAGGUGCUCCCAGACCAAAUAUCCCUCCUCGAGCUGGGGUAAUCAGUAUGCCACCUCAGUCUCGCCCGCCACAUCCCUCUCACCCUGGAGCACCCAGACCCAUCCCGGAGGUGCAUCCUGGGGCCCCUCGGCCCAUCCCAGACACCCACCCCGGAGCCCCAAGACCUGUGCCAAGUGCACAGGCUAAACCGACUGACUUGCCUCUGGGUCCCCCUCUCUCAGGACCACCUCCUACAGAGCUUGCUGCAGCGAGACCCCAAGUUCCAUCACCCAUGCAGCCACCCAUGCAACCCCAACAAGCUGCCCCUUCAGCUCAGUCCCAACUCCCACCACCGAUGCAGCCCACACUUCCAGCUCCACUCCAGCCGCAGCAAGCUGCGGCUCCUCAAGCAGGGCCCCCUCCUGCCGCUCUUGCUGGGCCUCCACAGGGUCUAGCCUCUCCUAAACCCCCACCACGUUCCCGCUCCUCUCACGCUCUGCCACCUGAUGCUGCCAAGGCUGAGACAGCCCCAGCUGCGCAGACCAAUGGACUGAAUGGAAUCCAAAGAGAAGCACAAUGGAAGCCUGACCCUUUCGACACACUUGCAUCUGACCUCCUCUCCUCUUCCUCAUCUCCCUGGCACACCACCCAGUCCCUGACCAGAGGCUCCUCUCUGCGUAAACCCCCCUCUGUUCCUGCGUUGUCCUCCAGCACUCUCCCUCCAUCUUUCUCCCUCCAGUCCUCCGCUCUCUCAGAUCUGCAGGCGCUUGGUUCGUCCUCGUCUUCCUCACUCUCCACCCCAUCACCGUUCGCCUCCUCCCUGCUCCCGCCUCCCCCAGUCCCGUCUCGCAGUCGUUCGCAGGAGACGCUGCGUGCCUCCCCCGGGCCCUUCCCGACUGACCCGCUCCCUGCCCGACCCAGCAGCACCAAUCCAUUCACAGGCCCACUGGUGCAGCAGCAUCAGCAGCAGCGCUCGCUCACACCGGACUUCAGCGUCCAGCGUCCGGCCCCAACGUUAAACCUUCAGAGGACUAUGUCUGCUUUUACUCAGCCACUCAUCCCCACCUCUGCUCCGACAGCAGCCUCCACUGUUGCUCCCGCAUCCCAGUUGCAAAGGACCAUGUCUCUGUUUGGACCAUCACCCACUCUCAGUCAUACACCUGCUCCUCUGCUCCCCUUCACCCAUGACCCAUCUCCUGCCCCCACCCCCGCCUUGCCUCUGGCACCGCCCUCGUCCAUACCACCUGCCCUCGCGCCUCGUCGCCAGCCAUUUCCCCCGGGAGGGAAACCGACCCAGCAGUGGGUCACUUUCGAUGAUGAUUUUCCUUCAACCAAAACACCACAAGCCCCCACCUUCCCUUCCAGUGCCCUAGUGUCCCAGACUCAGACUCUGCCUUCCCGCUCCGUGUUUGACUCAGAGCCUGACUGGUUAUCCUCCGCCCCUUCAGUAUUCCCAACCCUCCCUCCUCCCAUUCCAACCAGAACGGUAACCAGUAACCCAAAGCUCCCAUAGGGACCCGGUGACGACUGCUUCUUCUCUAGGGAGUCGACAGAAAGAUAGGAUCAUUCUUAAUAUGUAAAGGGCAUAUCCAGAUAUGUAUAGAUCUAUGAUAAAUGUGUAUGUCUGUGUGUGUAUUGUACAAAAGAAACAGUAUUUAAGAAGUAUAGACCAAUCCCCUUCUGAAUCAAAGGAAAGGAUUUAUAUCUCAAGCAGAAACAUGAGAAGUAUGAGCCUAAACGUGUGUUCUAACUUCUAACCACAGAGAUGUUUGCUUGUUCCCUGAUAUUAACAUUUAUUUUAAUAUGAAUCGUUCUUUUAUUUUUAUUUAUGGCAGCAAACAUGUGCCUGUGUCUACAGUAUAUAGUUAUAUAAAGUACAUCUAUACACACAAAUCAUGUGUGAAUUCACCGGUGCAAUAUCAAGACACGUCUGCGUGGCCGUGCAGUGCACUGCAUUCGUCCGCAAGCUUUCACCUGUAACUGUGUUACCUUUGCAUUUACACUGGCUGACACACUGCGGCUCAAAUCCACCAUUUUGACUGAUCUGUACAUUGCAGCCUGAUUUCUCAGUGUAGAGGGUAAUCUUCAACUUUUUCAGUUUUGUCAGUUUACAUGUGGUAGAAAGCUAUGCACUACAGGUUUUAAAUUUGCCCUCAGAAUUGCUGCAGUGUGCGGCAAUCAGAGAAUUACUUUAAUUUGCAAAGAGUUUGUUGUGAGUCUUUCUUUCUGUUCUUUUGUGUCUAAGGGGUGCAAAUUUAAAAAGUAUUUUUGUGCGCUUACUUUUAUCAUGAAUGUACUUUAUGUCGCACUGGGUUUUGUCAUUGCCUCCUCGCCGGCACCACAGUGUGAACAUGUUCAGCAUGAGUCGGUGUCAUAGUCAGACCGUUCACUGCCGCAGCACUGAUAGCUCUGUAAUAUCAUCUCAUCCACUCUCUCUCUACUCGGUCAUCAUUCUUUGUCUAUGGGCUGGUACGCUUAGCUGAAUAUAUAUUUUGUAGCUCUAUAUCAAAACCUAUACAUAGUGAAUAUGUAUAAAUGUAUGUUUUCAGUAUGGAAACUACUCGCUAAAUGUGUGUGUGUUUGUGAUGACCGUAUCAGUGGUUUGCACAAUGUAACUGAUAUGCACUGAAAUGUAUGUGCUCUCUUGGUUGUAUUCUUGUUGAUGGUAGAGUGACAGAAACGAGAGCCUGCGGACUGAACGUGGAGAGGGCUUUUAUUUUUUACCUUUCCACCUCUGUAGUGUUUUGAUCCUUCUUGAUUUAUCCAAAGCAUUUAACCAUACUAUUGUAAAUUCAGAGAAUGUGGCAUAUGCCUGUAUACUUCUGUUCUCUUUAAGUAUGAAGGUGAUGCGAUUUGGGUCUGUGGACAUGGCAGCAAAGACACGCAUAAUAAUAAUAAUAAUAAGAGGGCACUUUUUUUUUUCCAAACUUAAACUUUUGUUUACUGCAAAGGUCAAGCUUUUAAUUUCUAAGGACAUUUACUCUAAAUAAUCUAUUGAUACUGUGGUGAGAAGUAAUGUGUUGUGUUUGAGGUGCAUAUCGUCUGUUGUGGUGUUGUUGUGUGUUUGGAUGUGAGUGUGUGUACAGAGUAAAGAAUGGAAUGCCAGAGCUUUCCACCCCCCCAGUAAGUCUUCUUUAAAGUACACACACAGUGUAUUUGCUUACAGGUUCUGAACCAACAACCACUGUAUUCACUCGGUCAUGACUGUAACUGUGUAUUUCCGCUCCCCAGCCGGCACAGAGCUCUGUGGUGGCAGCACUGUAUGCGAAACGAUAUAAGACAAUGGAAUUUUUUUUAUUUAUUUUUUUCCCACAAAGCACCCACAACCUGACUGAGAAUUCCCCGGUAGCAACACGUUAUUCAACACCUUGACUGAAUUAACAGACUCAACUACACUGUCGGCUCGAACCCAAACGCAUCUCCAAAUAACCAUUUCCAGUUAUUUGUUGUGUCCUUCCCAGGCGCAGUGUGGCCCACAUUCCAGACAGUAGUGUGAUUUGAGUGUUGGGUGUUAAACUCUUCUCAACGUUUAAAGAUCCACCAGUGAUAUCUAACCCAUAUCCGUUUCCUCAAGUUGAGAGUAAUUGUUACUGAGCCUCACUGAUUUCAUUCAUGAGGUAGGUGUGUGUGUGUGUAUGUAUGGUGUUGUCAGAGGUGAUAUGUCAGUAUUUUUUCCCCGUACUACCUACUUCACCCUUUCACAUCUAUUGAGUUGUAUAGGUCAGCGUCAAUGCUGACAAUGCUGACAAGCAAUAGUUUUGCAAAAGGAUCAGUGAGAGUACAAGCCUCUCUCACACGACACAUGCCAGCUGUGUCCGUUUACUCAGAUGUUUCCCCAACCUUCAGAAAUUAUGUAACUGGUUUGAAAUCUGUAGUCUUAAAAGCGUUUUGAUGGUUUAUGGGAGGAUAAAACAUCUGACCCAAGAAAGUACCAGCUAACGCUUCCGCGCUUUGUUUAAACACCAUGUAAAAUACGUACAAUAAAAUAAUCUUCUUUCACUGCACUGAAAGCAGUAGCUAUCAAUGUAAGCAAGUGUAUCAGGUUGCCUUUGCUUACAUGUCGAUGUCAUCUAAAUGCAUUUAUUGUGUUAUCCAAAUGUGUGCAGUAGAUAACUGUAUCUGCAUUAAAAGUAGGUGACUAGCCAGUGCUUUGUGUCAUGUCAUGUUCAAGAUGAUUUUAUAGGAAACAAAUUGCUCCUUUUGUGAGGUUGGUGUCCCUUUUUAUGGCUAUAAUCCAUAGUAAAUAAGAGUCUGUGUUGUUGAACAUAUUCUGUAUGUACUAAAGAGAAAACAUGAAGCUGCGAUUCAUGUUAAUAUCCAAUGUUCCAUAUUUUAAGUGCACAGCUGAUUGCACAUUUAUGUAUGAAGCAGUUUAUGUUGUAUGUAUGCAAAAAUAAAUGUAAGUUUACCUGAA